AUGACAUUCAGUGAUGUAGCCCACUUACUGGCUGGUUCGGCGCUUUCGAGGCUCUCGCCACCAGAAGAAGACGGCAAUGCUCCUUCUAGCGACGAAGCGCAGCGCGUCGAGAAGUCUCCACCAGUGGACGAGCAGGCGCAGGAAAACACCAAGCGCAGCGAAGCCACCGGCAAGCUGCAAGAGAAGAAUUCCCCUGACUCGCAGAACUUCUCCAGGGAGCGUUCCAGCCGCCACCAGCACAGCAAGCGCAAGGCCAAGAAACACGGCGCGGCAACCCUCAACACCACCAAUACCAGUGCCGCUAAUCGCAAGUCGAAGCGCAGUGCACCCGCCAAGAGCGCAACGGCGCUGUUAUCACCGUCGCACGUUACGCCAAUGGACGUCGCAGCAGCCCCACCAACACAACCGGCGCCACCCGACAAUGAGAAAACGGAGCCCUCGGAUGCAAAGGAGUUGCCCGAGGUCAAGAGUGGGGGCAACGCGAAUGACCCGUCAAUCCGGGAACUACGGGACGCGGUCGUCCGGCCGGCGUCCAGCGGGUCACAAUGUGCCUUGCCGCAGCCACGACACCAGGCGGACAAGACCGCGGUACCAGCCCAGUCUGACACCUGUACAAGGGAGCGCUCGGCAUUAGACAAGCCUGAGAAAGCGACGUCGGGGAUGAAGACAGAAGCCAAGCCAAAACAAGACCUCUGA